AUGAGCGUCGAGUGCCUCGUGAUCCAGGGACCGAAGAAGAAAGUGAUCAUGGUGAACGGCGAUCGCAAGUUGAGGGACGUUCACAAUACACUCCUACAUUCGUACUCCAGAGGCCUUGUGACACCUAGCCCCCUGGUACAGGGAGCCGAAUUGCAGAGGCAACCAUUGAAGAUGGACCAGGAGGGGAGGACAGACGGCGGUGCGACUUCUGCCCCCAAUCUUAUGGUGCCCACGGAACUAACAACACCAGACUUGAUUGAAGCAUACUCUGGCGACAAAGUGGAUACCAUCGACCGUGACAGCCACAGGGGUGACAAUUCUCCCGAGACCAGCUUGUCGGGCCCACAGAAGCCGCAAAUGCACCGACAACUGGACAAGCACCCGUGCCGCUUCUGUCCUCACUCAAGCAAUUCCGCAACGGCUGUCGCCAUCCACGAGAGGACACACACUGGAGAGAGGCCCUUCAGUUGCGGUGUUUGCGAGAAAACGUUUGCGCGUACGGAUUACUUGACAGCUCAUGUUAGAAUUCACACCGGAGAGAAGCCGUUCAAGUGCAACACGUGCAGCAGGGCGUUUAGUCAUAAAUGGAGCUUGGCGAAUCACGAAGGAAUUCAUACAGGAGAGAAGCCGUACAGGUGCAACACGUGCAGCAAGGCGUUUACUCUGAAACGUACCUUGGCGAAUCACGAAAGAAUUCAUACAGGAGAGAAGCCGUACAGGUGCAACACGUGCAGCAGGGCGUUCACUCAGAAAACCAACUUGGCGAAUCAUGAGAGAAUUCACACCGGAGAGAAGCCGUUCAAGUGCGAGACCUGCGGUAGAGCCUUUGCGGCUUAUAGCAAUUUACACACUCAUCGGAAGAUACAUCGCAAGUGAUCGAAACAGCAACGUGCAUCAUAGUUGUGG